AGAAAGAAGUGAGACAGAGAAGCACGAUGGAUGAAUUCAGAUGGAUUCAAAUGUUUUUAUGUCUGAUGCUGAUGAUUCAGAUUGCAGUCUUCUCAACAGUAUCUGUAAAUGAAACAUCCAUGUUUAUGAAAGUUGGAGAUGACGUCACUCUGCUUUGUCUAAAUGUGAUAGAUGAGCAGAAUAACUGUGACGGUACUACGUGGACGUUUGCUUCAAGAAACAAACCAGCAACAGUAGAGCUGAUCACACUUGGACAGAUUGGUAAAGAAGCCAAAACUAAAUCAGACAGACUGAGUGUUACAGCGAACUGUUCUCUGCUUAUAAAGAAGCUCACAGUUGAGGAUGUUGGUCUUUAUUUCUGUCAACAAUACAAAGUCGAGGAAACACCAUCUAAAUACACUCUGGUUCAUCAGUCUUUGGUUGAUCUCUCUGUUAUUACCUUGACUGAACAUAAGGACACUGAUAAGGUGAAGUUAAGCUGCUCUGUGGUGACACAUGCAGAGUGUCAUCACACAGUGAAGUGGCUGCUUAAAGGUCAAGCUGAGGACAAAGAGAACAAAGAAACCGUGACCUCACAGACUGACUGCUCCACCACUCUGCCUGUUCUGAAGUAUGAGUAUUUAUACUCAUCACGUCAUAAAAUACUGAAGUGUGAAGUGACUGAUACUAAAACAGGAAAAGUGCAGCUGUUUACCUUCAGCCAUCAGACCUCAGGUGAGGAAACAGGUGACACAAAAACAACAAAGAAACCAGACAGAAAAACUGAAACAACCACAACAAUUAAGACGCUUCUAAAAUCAGAUGAUACAACAGCAAAAACUGUGGAAAGUGAAAGCACGACAGCAAACAACAAACCAUCAGGAGAUUCACAACAUGAUUUUGUAUCUUUGAGGUUCAUAAUUGUCUCUGUGGGAUUGGCAGCACUUUCAAUAACAGCUGUGACAGUCAACAUGUGGACAAAAACUAAAGGGAAGAAAACACAGAUGGAUAAAAACACAAGCUGUCAGCCCUUCUGUGACUGAAUGAUGAGUGUUGGAUACUCUGGCUGCUGCUCGCCUCCGGCUGGACACUGCAGCAUGACAAAUUCAUGACCAGGUUCAUCCUGGGAUUUAACAUAAUGAAGAGCAGCCGAAGCCAGUUACGCUGCACUAAUGCUGGGGUUAUUAUUUGUUAAAACCAUAUCUGGAUGAAUGCAGUCAUGUCAUUUUAACCGUGUGUGUGUGUGUGUGUGUGUGUGUGUGUGUGUGUUUCAUGGUAUUUUUGUUUUAGUCUGAUUGAAGAUGUUUUUAUGUCCUAACUAUCUUGUAUUUUUUCCAGUGUGCGUUUUAUAACAUGUGUUUAAUGAUCUUUAGAAUCUGUAUAAAUAUUCUGUUUUGUUUAUGAUAAUUUGAUCUCAAUAUUAAGACAGAUUUCUAUCCAGUUUCAGUGUUUGUUGCAGGUGAAACUGUAUUUAUGCAAAAUAAAUUA